CAGCCCUUGGAUGGAGUUUUAUUUUUCCAUAUAUACCUCUGUUCUUGGGAGGUAGUUAAACAUGGCAGAUAGGGAAGACAUACGGGGAGCUGAGCUUGGCUGAUCUCGAAAAAUUAAGCAGGAUCGGUUCUAGUUAGUACUUGGAUUGGAGACCACCAAGAAGUCUCCGGAUUAUAGGCUUGAGUGGGAAAUUGCAAAAAAGAAAAUCCCAGAAGAAGGCAGCGGCCAAUUAUUUCUGUUCUGCUGCCAAGAAAAGCAGCAUAAGACAUAUCCAUAACAUUACUAGAGGGAAGGGAGCUCAACCUCAAGGACACUUGAUAUUCACUUACUUUGAAGAGGUGUGCUAUGAAGAGGGAAAAUUCUUUACAGUUUAUGGAAGGGUGCAGAGCAUGGAGAAUGAUGAACUUCCGUCAGAGGAUGGGAUGGAUUGGUGUGGGACUGUAUCUAAUAGCAAGCGCUGCAGCAUUUUACUAUGUCUUCGAAAUCAAUGAGACUUACAACCGACUGGCGCUGGAGCACAUUCAGCAACCCCCAGAGAAAUUUAAGCAAGAAACCAAUUGGAUGCAUUCUUUAAAAACACGGCUUCUGUCUGUACCCUUUUGGCUGUGGGCCAUUAUCUUUUUAAUACCUUAUUUACAAAUGUUCUUGUUCCUUUAUUCAUGUACGAGGGCUGAUCCUAAAACAGUGGGCUACUGCAUCAUUCCUGUCUGUUUGGCUGUGGUUUGCAAUCGUCAUCAUACGUUUGCGAAGGCCUCCAAUCAAAUCAGCAGAGUGCAACUGAUUGACACGUAAGGAAAUCAAUGUGGGUUUUCUCCCCGUCUCCCCAUGGCUGGUUUUUGAUAAGUUGAAGAUCAGUUGAAUAUCUGAAAGAAACUUGAAAUACUUUUGUCAACAUUAACUUCUGAACAGAGCACCUACCAAUCUUCUAUUUUUUUAAAUAAGAUGAUUUUAACUAUGGAGGUAUUCUAUUUGGUGAAAAGUUCUUUGAGAACAGAGGGUAACAUUCUUCAUAUUUGCCUUACGAUGCAGAAUUUCUACACUCCACCUGAAGAUUUUAGAGUAAAAUAUAUUUGAAACCCUAAUUCACUGUGCAUCCCUCAAAUCUUCAAGUUUCCUGUAAGGGAAUUGCUAAAAAUUGACUUUGCCUAUGUUUAUAAUGCGUAAACCUUGGAAUUAUUAUAAAUGUGGCAUUUGAGACAUUGUUGUCCUUUCUUCUUUGAUGAUGUUGCACUAAAUAAAAUGGGGUUCCUUUUGCACACAAUAUGA